AUGGAUACCAGUGACAGACACAUGUCACAACUUAGGACAUCUAUUUUCGAUAAGGCAUGGGAAAGAUUUUCUAAUGAACACCAACCUGGAAUUAUAGCCCUACUUGAGGAGAUCGAACAGCAACUCGACUUGAAGUCUGGCUUUCUUUCACUGGACGAGCUCAUCAUUAAGAAAUUACAACAGCUAUGUUACCAGAUAUCUGCUCCUUAUACAAAAGAGGACAUGCUCAAUAUGACUGUGAACGCUCUCUCAGAUAUUAAGAUAAUGGACAUCCGAAGAAACAAAAUGUAUGGCAACUUCUCCGAUGGAUACUCAAUUUACAAGGACAACCACGACAACAUAAUGUACCGCAUGGACCAAAUGGAUGAAAAUGAUUGCAUGAAGUUGGACCUGGACUCCGCCAGUUCUCUUCACACAAAAUAUUAUGAAUCUGAUAUUGAUGACACGGCCUCUCUCAUGGCUUGCGACAGCAACUGGAUUGAGCGGUCUCCAAGCAUACUAGACUGUCCUGUUGAUGAUAUUGAUGACUUCAAGCUUCAUAAAGUGUUGGAGGACUUGCGGACACGCCAUGUUUCCAUACAUUUGGGAUUCCAUGAUAUCGACACCAAAUUGGCUGGCAUCAAGGAACAAAACGGGAAGGACCUCGAAUUCUUGGAUAAGCUCAUGGCAAACAACGAGUUGAUCCGCGAUCGUAUGCACGAUAUGAGGACAGAGCUCAAUGAGUUAACCACUGCAUUGCUCGUGCUUAAAGAUGUCGAAGAUUUAGGCAAUCUUUCGCCGGCAACAACAAAGAAAAUCACAAACAUUUUAGUUGACAGCGACACCGACGAGCAGCUCACUAAUAAGGUGGAUGCUGUUCAAUUGACACCCAUACGAAUGGCCGACGCCAUUCUAGAUUUGGAGAAUGGGACCAUCGGAGAAAUGGAGCAAAUGCAUACACGGAUAGAGGAACGGGAACUUUCAAAAAAAGAUAACAGAAAUGAGACAUCAAAUGUCAUGGAAUUAAAAACAGACGAAAUGGGGUCUCGACAUGAAAUUAAUAUAUUGGUCAAGAAAGACAAUGUCGGGAAGAAAAAGGAUAGGUAUAUGGAGCAUAAGGACUUAAAGAAUGAGCUGGAUUCUUCCCAGAAAAAAGAAUUAAUUAAACCAGGGAUGGAAGUGAUGCAUACCAAAACCAAUUCAUUCAAUCUAUCUAUACCAGUUCUUUUCCUUAUAUUGGCACUUAUGGCCUACUGGAAAUAUUAG